CCUAAAAGUCCAAAACGACGACCUACAACGAAGCUGUAAACGUCGUUUUGUUCAUCUCCUUGCAUGUUCCCUCUACUCUUCCCGCUUGUGUCCACUGCUAGAUGUAGAAUUUCACUGUAAUCCCAUUCCGAAGCUAACCUCGCUCCUAAAAUGUUUCACUCCUCAACUUUAAUCGUUUUACUCCUAAGUGUUCUCUUGCAGUUAUCAUGGGUCGCUUCAAUUUCAUUGCCGAGUUCCAAUUGCUACGCUUUCAAUAAUUCAAGUCAGAUUGUUGAUUUCAGUAGCUGGACUGGUUAUCCUUUUGAGUAUGAUGAAAAGCAAGGUUCUGAUGUGGUUGUAAGAUUCUGCAAAGAUGUGGAGACUAGAUCGCAAACGGGAUAUGUUGAUUUUGGCCGAUUUGAUAGGUUCAACUACUUUGUUGCUGGUUCUGGCCAAUAUGAUUUUGUACAAGAGUUUUAUAAUGGUGACCUAAUGGGUUGUGAACAAAGUUAUGACAAAAUGGGAAGAACAGCUCAGGUAAAUGUCAUAUGUGGGAGCUGUCCUAAUGGACAAUGUAAAGGUCGUCCUGGAUGCAUAUGUCACGUGGCAUUUGAAUCGAAUUGCAGAGUUUUAAUUGAACUUGCAAUUUCAUGUGAUAAACCGGGCCCACAAGUAUUCCAAGGCUUCACUGUUGGUUUUCAUCCACGAUCAUGGGAACUUGUUUAUAAUGGCAUGACUCAAUUCGGUUUUGAGAAACCCCAUCAUGAUUUUAGCUUUCAGACAUCACAAACUCAAGUAGUCUUAUUUACAAGUGCAAUUGCUUCACUCUCAUCCUUGGUUCGUAAACCUAUUUUGAAGGUUCUUCCAAAUGACGGCUUGAAAGUUAAAUUGUCUGGAUCUGCUGCUAGUGGGAAGCCUCCAACGACUUUGUCACCCACCAUGUUGAUCCUUGAUUGGAGAUGUGAGGUAGCCCGUGACACCCCAUAUGAAGUUAACAUCACAAUCCCCAUAGAAGGAUAUGAGCCAAUUGAAUUUGUGCUUACAAAAAUGUGCGACUACAAACAAGGUCAAGGAGGUGGUGCCACAAGAGGAUGGGCAAUAUUUGGAGUGAUAUCUUGCAUAUUCUUUGUCGCAUCGACACUUUUUUGCUGUGGAGGAUUCAUUUACAAGACAAAAGUGGAGCGUCAGCGUGGAGUUGAUGCAUUGCCCGGCAUGACAUACCUAUCUGCCUGCUUAGAGGCAGUUAGUGGGGCUGGGCAAGGUUACUCACGGCCAGAAGACACAUAUGCCUCCGGCGAAACCACUUGGGAGCGUCCUCCUGGUCCUUCACAACCUCAAGCUUCAUGGAGACCAACAGAGAGAAAAUAUGGUGCCAUUUGAACGGGUCUGACACCGUGUGUUUUUUGCUUUGUUCGCCCGUUUUAUCUAUUAAAAAUGGGAAUUGGUUCGCUGCCAAAUGUUAUUUGGAUUGACUCAUACAACAGGAUUUAAAAACCUCAGUCUGACUCAUUUACAUGUAAGAAGUAAAGAAGAGAUAGUUGUAGCAGUUUGAUUUUAGCAUCUGAAUUGAAUUAAUGAAUAGUCCUAAUUCAAGAAAAUGGGAAACAAAAAUUAUGCCUAUCCAACGGAUUUGGAUCCUCUCAUGCUCUUUCUCUCAUGCUUUCUCUCCUUUUCCUAAUCUAAUAGUUAAAUAUCACACCAAGUAAAAAUAAUAGUACAAAUGAAAGAGAGAGAAACUUGAAUUAAUGGUUGAGAUUGGAGCAUGAUGGAAACAUGAGAGAAAGAGCAUGAGAGGAACCUUAUAUCCAACCAUUGGCUCAAAAAAUAAUCUUAUACCCAUUAAAAAGGGAAAAUGGUCCGUUUACUUUGGGAGAAUAUUUUCUGUUUUCAUUUUUUCUAAAUUUU